AAGUGCGGUUGGCCGUUUCCGGCUUUGGGCUGAUGUGUGCACAGAACAGAGAAGAGAAGAGAAACUUCCUUGACUGUUGAGCUUAGUAUUCUGACAAAGCAGAGAGGACACCUUUUCAAAUGCUGUACACAUUAAUUUAACACAAAGCGGGAGAUUUGCUCGAGGAUCAUGAGCCGUGGAUCUAAAACUAAAACCGAGGGCAUAAGGAGCUCUCUGCUGAGCCUACCGGAGAAUGAGAAGUUGGAGGAUCUGUUGGGUAGAAGGUGUGCUUCCGUGGCCACUGCGGUAGCACAGCUGUUUAUGGCCCUGCCUCACAGCCCGUCCAUGUGGAGCUUGCAGCACACUGGAGUUGUCUGCUUCGUCAAAGACAAUCCUCAGCGCUCCUACUUCAUACGGAUGUUUGAUUUGAAGUUAGGGAGGCAGGUGUGGGAGCAGGAGCUCUACAACCAAAUAAUUUACUCCUCGCCACAGCCGUUUUUCCACACCUUUGCUGCAGAUGACUGUCAAGUUGGGCUGAACUUUGCUGUGCAACAGGAAGCAGAAGCUUUUCAACAUGCUGUCGAGGAGAAAAUCAACCAAAGGCAAAAAAGUCAAGAAAAGAAACAGCGCCCCCUGCCGCCUAACGAGAGAAGUUCCCUACCUCCAGUCCCCCCAGAAAAAGCACCUGGUAGCCCUGGUUCUUUUCACAUGGCCACAGUGGACAUCCAAAACCCAGAUAUCCAGUCGUCACGCUACCGCUCGGUACCCUCACCCGCUGCUGCCUCAAUUCUGCAAAUCAGCAAAGGAAAGAAAGAUAAAAAGGAUAAGAACAAGAAAAAGGGCCCCAAACUCUCCAAAGCAGACAUAGGAGCCCCCAGUGGAUUUAAGCACGUUACUCAUGUCGGCUGGGAUCCCAACAACCUUGACCCUGACUUGUGGAAACUGCUCUCUCAGGCUGGAAUCAGUGAAGCUGAGAUGAGGGAUGAAAAGACCUCCCAACUCAUCUAUAAUGUCAUCGAGCAGUCUGGAGGAAUGGAGGCGGUGAAAAGGGAGGUGAACAGAACAGCUCCUGGACCUCCACCACCUCCACCUGGCAGACAAGGGCCUCUGCCUCCUGUGCCGGGUUCUGGUCAUUCUGCUCCAAACCCUCCACCACCUCGAGGUCGCUCUGGCCCCCUGCCUCCUAUCCCAGGCCAGUCACAGAGAGGAAGCCCCUCCACACAACCAGCUUCAGCACGUGGAGGCCUCCCACCCCCACCUCCUCCAACAAACAGAGGUGGUCCUCCACUGCCACCACCACCACACUCUGCACCUUCUCAGUUCCCCCCACCACCUUCCCAGUUCCCCUCACCACCUUCCUCAAAGUCGUCUUAUGCUUCAUCCCCGACCUCCUCCCACAACACACGUCCUCCCCCUCCUCCAUCAGGCCAACAGCGCCCCAUGGGUUUCCCGUCUCCUCCUGCCCCAUCUGCACCGAGGGGUGGAGGAGGAGGAGGAGUUCCCCCACCUCCUCCCCCACCCCCUCCGCCCCCACCUCCUCAAACCUCUAUUCCUUCAGAUUUCCCUCCUCCUCCUCCUCUCUCUGGAGGGGCACCCCCACCCCCACCUCCAUCGGUUGGAGGAGGAGACAGCAGAGGAGCUCUGCUGGAUCAGAUCCGACUGGGAAAGAAGCUCAGAAAUGUGACAGACACUCCUGAUGCAGCUCCACCCACAACACCAGAGUCGGGUGAGGGCAUCGUUGGUGCUCUCAUGAUGGCCAUGCAGAAGAGGAGCAAAGUCAUCCAUUCCUCUGACGAAAGUGAAGAUGAGGGUGGUGAUGAAGACGACGAUGAAGACGAAUGGGACGACUGAUGUGGAGGUUCUCCUUUGUGGUGCAAACCUCUCGAUUGUAAUGCUGUUACAUGCUGUGGGACUUCAGGUCUGCAAACUGGGGCGCGACUUGUACAUGAAACUGUGUGGAUGGUUAAAUAAACAUAAAUCAGUGUAAUAAUGAAUCCAUAUAAAAGAGUUGAAAUUGAAAGGAAA